GCUGCCGCCGCCGCCGCCGCCGCGCCAGCAGGUCCUAAUGCCUGUCACUUCCCAGGACGCUGGCAGCAGCAGCCCGGAGCCCCCGAGCCCUCGGCAGGUUUGCCUGUCCUUCCCCGCGAUCUGAUUGGAUAAAGUGGGGGCUCGACGGUGGCCGACGUGGGACAGUCUGGCUGUGGCAGGGGUCUCGGAAACCAUGGGUUAUUGCAGUGGCAGGUGCACGCUUAUCUUCAUCUGUGGCAUGCAACUGGUUUGUGUGCUGGAGAGGCAAAUAUUUGACUUCCUUGGAUAUCAGUGGGCACCUAUCCUGGCAAAUUUUGUACAUAUUAUUAUCGUCAUUCUUGGUUUAUUUGGAACUAUUCAAUAUAGACCUCGUUACAUAACAGGAUAUGCCGUCUGGCUAGUCCUCUGGGUUACCUGGAAUGUGUUUGUUAUCUGCUUCUAUUUGGAGGCUGGGGACCUCUCAAAGGAAACAGACCUUAUCCUGACUUUUAAUAUUUCAAUGCACCGAUCUUGGUGGAUGGAGAAUGGACCAGGAUGUACGGUAACAUCAGUGACACCUGCACCAGACUGGGCCCCAGAAGACCAUCGCUACAUCACGGUCUCAGGGUGUUUUCUGGAGUACCAGUACAUAGAAGUGGCUCAUAGUUCCCUCCAGAUUGUUCUCGCACUGGCAGGGUUCGUCUACGCCUGUUAUGUUGUGAAAUGUAUAACUGAAGAAGAGGACAGCUUUGAUUUCAUAGGUGGCUUUGAUUCUUAUGGCUAUCAAGGGCCUCAGAAGACAUCUCAUUUACAACUACAGCCUAUGUACAUGCAAAUUCCCUUGGAUAACAACUGAUAACAAAUUCUAUAUAUCAGCAUCAAGUGAUAUGCUGAAUUGCAAGCGAAGAUCAAAAUAGAAAGUCGAAAUAAUACAGAUGGCUUCAGGAUGUCAGCUCCUGGACCUUUCAAAGAACUUGAUUCACAGUGGCCUCCUGCAUUUUAUGAAGAGCAAGAAGCAACUGAGUCUAAAUAUAUAUACAUAUUAACACAACAAACAUAAAGCCUCCACAUACACCGGGACACACACACACACACACACACACACAUGCACACGCACACGCGUGUGUGUGCACUCACACACACGUACACAGAGGCCCAUACUAAUUCCACUUGGCCUCCUUUUUCUAACUGAAACAAACAUGCAGGACACGCCCAUCUUGGAUUUCCUGAUAGCAGGCUUCUUUCUCCUAGGCCUUCGGAAAGUUCUCAAGGAGACGUUUCGGCGCCCUCUGCUGGCCGUCACUAAAACUCCUCCGCAGCCCAGCCGGUCAGCCUCUGCCAGCUGCCAAGUCUUCGGGGGGCGCUUUAGUUGGAGAGCCCUGUCUUCUGCACUCCAUACGUUUUGAUAGCACCACGGCUAUGUAGGCAAUGUAAUUGCAAAAACAAACAAAACACGCCAUGAUGACCUUGUAACCGAAGUCCGAAAUGGCAGGUUGUUUGCCCUAAAGGCUAUACCGUACAUACUUGCCUUAACCCACCUAAGUUGUGCGCCCGAGUCUCAGUGCAGACCUCCCCAAGUCCCUUCCUUUAGGCUAACACACUGCUAUUAAUUCCGAAUGAGUUCGAGUCUGUGUGUUUCAUGUCAAGAAACAAGACUGCAUAGCCCAGCAGCUCCAGUGUCUGUGUACAAAAGCUGCCCGCUGUCAGCCAAGUGCUUUACCAUUGAACCUCCACGGUGGCCAAAACAGACAAGUGACGAUAACAACAACGACAAAAAUCGUCAUCUUUAUAAUGCUUAAAUAUGGUCUUCUCGAAGGGGUUGGGUGGGACGAAGUAAAACUUACUAAUCUACUAAACUCAUUAAUCUACUGGAAGCAGAGAGCAGAAAUGGCUUAACUCAUUGAUUUUAUUUCUCGCACUCUAGGUGCUUUUAUAAGUAUCUACAAAUGUCUUUUACUAACACAGAAACAGCUGUGGAUUUCUAUCAACAGAGGCCAACUGAAUAUGUAUUAGCUAUGUUUACUCUUUUAUAUCUAAUUCAAACUGAAGACCCUACGUAGGUGAACUUUUUUUCCUAACUUCAGCGUACGAGAUUAUU